CCCCCCUCUUCUCUCGUUCCUUUGACUCUCCCCUGUCUGAACAGGCUGUGGUCUGCCUGAUGUUGAUCCGACGCAGCAUUUGCCGGUUUCCCACGCCGUCGAGCUGGACCUCGCGGCUUUCACCAGCCAUCAUGCCUCUCCGCGCGAAGGUCACCAACCCAGCCUUUACGGCUCCUACUGCCAUUAUGAACUACUCUACGACAACCAUAGGUGAUAGCAAGAAAGAUGACGUCCUGUUCAACUCUCUCUACGGCGUGCGGUUGAUAGAGCUCAACCGCCCGAAGAAGUACAACGCCCUGGAUCAAUCGAUGGUUGAGAAGAUUUAUGCUCGCCUCCUGGAAUUGGAGAAAUCUCAGCUUGCCUCCGUGGUCAUGUUGUCCGGAGUAGGAGAGAAGGCUCUGUGUGCCGGUGGGGAUGUUGCUGCCCUGGCUCUGCAGAACGAGAAGGGAGAGGAAGGACAGGAAGCCUCUGCCAAUUUUUUCAGACUCGAGUACCGCCUCAACCACCUCAUUGCCACCUACAGCAAGCCCUUCAUUUCCGUGAUGGACGGCAUCACCAUGGGCGGCGGGGUUGGCCUCAGCGUUCACGCCCCGUUCCGUAUCGCGACCGAGCGCACCUUGGUCGCCAUGCCUGAGACCGACAUCGGCUUUUUCCCGGACGUGGGUGCUUCGUUCUUCCUGCCGCGUCUUGACGGCGAGUUGGGCACCUACCUGGCUUUGACCUCGAAGCGUCUGCGUGGCGCACAGGCCCUAUACGCCGGCUUCGCCACGCACUACGUGGAUUCGAGCGUACUGGGCAACUUGACACAGCGUCUGUCGGAACUGGUCUUUAAGGAUUACGCCACGCUGCAGGAGCGCCUCGACUUGGUCAACGCCACCAUCGCGGAGUUUUCCUCGGGAGUUCCGCCGUAUCAAUUAAGCCAAAUCGCGGUCAUCAACCGCUGCUUCGGGCACAACACGAUUGAAGAGAUCUUCCAGGCUUUGGAGCAGGAGAGUAAGAAAGAGACAAGUGAGUUCAAGGAAUGGGCUGAGGAAACCCUGGAAAUACUGAAGUGCCGCUCGCCUACCUCCCUCAAGGUGACUCUGCGGCAGAUGCGUCUGGGCAAGCAAUGGUCGAUCCUCGAGACCUUCAAGCGCGAGGCGCAUAUCGCCUCCUUGUUCAUGAAGCACCCGGACUUCGUCGAGGGCGUCAAAACCAAGCUGAUCCACAAGACUGGUAAGCCCUCUUGGAAGCCCGCCGAGGUGAACGAGGUCACCACCGAUAUGGUCGACCGCUUCUUCACGUAUUCGGAGGACUCCGAGGCCGCAUUCCCUCUCGAGCAGUACAGGGAUCUCAACUUCCGGGAAUAUCCCCACCACUACGGUCUACCCACGGAGGAGGAGAUCCGGCGAUUUGUCCGCACGUCCGCCGGCGAGGAUCCGAUCAAGAGCUUUGUCCGCCGGUCUGGGGGCAAACCGGGCGUGCAGGAGAAGGUGUCCGAGGUUCUGAGCCGAAAGGCCAAGAAGGGUGAGGAUGGCGCCUGGCUUUGGGAAUAAGCUGGGGUGAUUCCAAACCUUAAUAGCAGAAAGAAAGCACUACAAGGGAGUAAUUAUCGGGAUGGGAAUGUGUAUAGUCAUAUGUACCGAUUGGAGUUCUGAUUUCUGGCCUGAUAUUACGAUAUGGCCUGUUUGAUACAGUUAGACUUAAGUUCAAGUUCUUCUGGGCCAUUUUCAUUCGAAGUAG